AUGGCCGGGGUUGCGCACUUCGCCGUCCUGUCGCUCUUCUUUGGGGUUAGCGAGGGGGUCACCGGCUCGCGGGUCUACCCGGCCAACGAAGUUACCCUAUUGGAUUCCAGAUCAGUUCAGGGUGAGCUUGGGUGGAUAGCAAGCCCUUUGGAAGGAGGGUGGGAAGAAGUGAGCAUUAUGGAUGAGAAAAAUACUCCAAUCCGCACUUAUCAAGUCUGCAAUGUGAUGGAGCCAAGUCAGAGCAAUUGGUUACGAACUGAUUGGAUUCCCCGUGAAGGGGCUCAGAGGGUAUAUAUUGAAAUCAAGUUCACACUAAGAGACUGCAACAGCCUGCCAGGUGUCAUGGGGACUUGCAAAGAGACUUUUAACCUUUACUACUAUGAGUCGAGCAACGAUAAGGAGCGCUUUAUUCGGGAGAGCCAGUUUGCCAAGAUUGAUACAAUCGCUGCUGACGAGAGUUUCACACAGGUGGACAUUGGCGACCGGAUCAUGAAACUCAAUACUGAGAUACGUGAUGUGGGGCCCUUGAGCAAGAAGGGAUUUUAUCUGGCUUUCCAGGAUGUAGGGGCUUGUAUUGCCUUGGUGUCUGUCCGUGUCUUCUAUAAAAAGUGUCCAUUGACGGUCCGCAACCUGGCCCAGUUUCCGGACACCAUCACCGGGGCUGAUACGUCCUCUCUCGUGGAAGUUCGUGGCUCAUGUGUCAACAAUUCAGAAGAGAAGGAUGUGCCAAAAAUGUACUGCGGGGCAGAUGGUGAAUGGCUGGUACCCAUUGGCAAUUGCCUGUGCAAUGCUGGGUAUGAAGAGCGCAAUGGAGAAUGCCAAGCUUGCAAGAUUGGAUACUACAAGGCCCUCUCGACAGAUGUUGCCUGUGCUAAAUGCCCGCUUCAUAGCUUCUCCAUCUGGGAUGGCUCUACCUCUUGCACCUGCGACCUGAACUUUUUUCGAGCAGAAAAUGAUGCUGCCUCCAUGCCCUGCACUCGCCCUCCAUCUGCUCCCCAGAAUCUGAUUUCUAAUGUCAAUGAAACAUCGGUCAACUUGGAAUGGAGCCCCCCUCAGGACAAAGGUGGCCGUGAAGACGUUUCCUACAAUGUGGUAUGCAAGCGAUGUGGGGCCAGUGAUCUAAAUCGCUGUCGGUCGUGCGGUAGCGGUGUACACUUCAGCCCUCAGCAGAAUGGAUUGAAAACCACCAAAGUUUCCAUUACUGAUCUUUUGGCACAUACUAAUUACACCUUUGAAAUCUGGGCAGUGAAUGGAGUAUCCAGACAAGAUCCGAAUCCAGACCAGGCUGUAUCUGUCACUGUGACAACUAACCAAGCAGCUCCAUCUCAGAUUGCUUUGAUCCAAGCAAAAGAAAUAACAAGGCACAGCGUGGCACUGACCUGGCUGGAACCUGACAGGCCAAAUGGAGUCAUCUUGGAGUAUGAAGUAAAAUAUUACGAAAAGGAUCAAAAUGAGCGUAGCUAUCGCAUUGUGAAAACGGCAGCCCGAAACACUGAUAUCAAAGGCUUGAACCCUUUGACUUCCUAUGUCUUCCAUGUGAGAGCAAGGACAGCUGCUGGAUAUGGAGAUUUCAGUGGGCCAUUUGAGUUCACAACCAACACAGUUCCGUCUCCCAUCAUUGGUGAAGGUACAAACCCCACCGUCCUUCUGGUCUCUGUGGCUGGCAGUGUUGUCCUUGUGGUCAUUCUCAUUGCCGCCUUUGUCAUCAGCAGGAGACGCAGCAAAUACAGUAAGGCCAAGCAAGAAGCAGAUGAGGAGAAACAUUUGAACCAAGGUGUUAGAACAUAUGUGGACCCUUUUACAUAUGAAGACCCUAACCAAGCAGUGCGGGAAUUUGCCAAAGAAAUUGAUGCUUCCUGCAUAAAGAUUGAAAAAGUCAUUGGUGUCGGUGAAUUUGGCGAGGUCUGCAGUGGUCGCCUCAAGGUGCCAGGCAAGAGGGAGAUCUGUGUUGCUAUCAAGACUCUGAAAGCAGGAUACACAGACAAACAAAGAAGGGACUUCUUGAGUGAAGCCAGCAUCAUGGGACAGUUUGACCAUCCCAACAUCAUCCACUUGGAAGGGGUGGUUACUAAAUGCAAACCAGUCAUGAUUAUAACUGAAUACAUGGAGAAUGGUUCUUUGGAUGCUUUUCUCAGGAAGAAUGAUGGCAGAUUUACUGUAAUCCAGUUAGUAGGGAUGCUUCGGGGUAUUGGCUCUGGAAUGAAGUAUUUGUCCGACAUGAGCUACGUGCAUCGAGAUCUGGCUGCUCGAAACAUACUCGUCAACAGCAAUUUGGUGUGCAAAGUUUCGGACUUUGGCAUGUCCCGAGUGCUGGAAGAUGACCCUGAAGCUGCCUAUACUACUAGGGGUGGGAAGAUUCCCAUCAGGUGGACUGCACCAGAAGCAAUUGCCUAUCGUAAAUUUACAUCAGCCAGUGAUGUCUGGAGUUACGGAAUUGUCAUGUGGGAAGUGAUGUCCUAUGGAGAGAGACCUUAUUGGGAUAUGUCCAACCAAGAUGUUAUCAAAGCCAUUGAAGAAGGCUAUCGGCUACCGCCCCCAAUGGACUGCCCCAUCGCUCUCCAUCAGCUGAUGCUGGACUGCUGGCAGAAGGAACGCAGCGACAGGCCUAAAUUUGGACAGAUUGUCAACAUGCUAGACAAACUCAUCCGCAACCCCAACAGCUUGAAGAGGACAGGCUCGGAGAGCUCCAGGCCUAAUACUGCUUUGCUAGAUCCAAGUUCUCCUGAAUUCUCAGCCGUAGUUUCUGUCGGUGAUUGGCUCCAGGCUAUUAAGAUGGAGCGAUACAAGGAUAACUUCACAGCUGCCAGCUACACUACGCUAGAGGCUGUGGUCCAUAUGAACCAGGAUGACCUGGCGAGAAUUGGAAUUACUGCCAUUGCACACCAGAAUAAGAUUCUGAGCAGCGUCCAGGCAAUGAGGACCCAAAUGCAACAAAUGCACGGCAGAAUGGUUCCUGUUUGAGCCAGUACUGAACAAACUCAAACUCUUGAAAUUAGUUUACCUCAUUCAUGCACUUUAAUUGAAGAACUGCACUUUUUUUUACUUCUUCUCCUCUCCGUUUGAAAUAAUAAUAAUAAAAAAAGAUUUGCAGCAUUGAUUGAUAUAUAAAGAUUGCUGAGAGCGUUGCGGGGAGGGACCUGCAGAAAUGACAACCGGUCAUUUGAAAACAGGCCUGGAACAAAUUGUUUCUUGGAGUAUACUUCUAUGUGGAUCAACACUAUAUAAUAUACAUGUGUCUAUAUAACAUCACAUACAAGUUCUGAUGCUGUGUUUGCUGCCAGAUACUGUGUGUGAACGAAGGAAAGUACUAUUGUUCCCUCAACAGCCAUUGGGAUUACAAUCGUUGUGUUUGGUUUGUGGAUAAACCACAGUUGUUCAUCUUUUACUGGAAUGAAGAAUCUUCUGUACCAGAAAAUGUUGGCAUAUUCUGGGCAUCAGUGGUACUUUGCAGAUACUUCAAAGGCAGACACCCUUUUGCUGAUUAGUGCCUGUCACACAAAGAUGUGCCCACCUGCAAGCUGAGACAGAGAGCAACCUUUGUGAAUUACCAGAUUUGGGGAGGUUGUGGUAUUGGCUCUUGUGAUGCCACAUGGAGUAUUAUCUCUGUCUUCAUUUUUGAAAACACCUGUCAGCCAUUCUUGACUAUGGAUCUUCCAGACGUGCGUCCUUUUGCCCUUGUAAGAGGCAUUU